AUGUUUGCUACAAUGUACCGUCGUUCUUGUGAUCAUUAUGCCGAUAAAAAUGCUAAAAAUUUUGAAAAAGAAUAUGAUAAAAAUAUUAUUUUAGAUAGUGGUAAAGUUGAGGAGAAUAAUAUGACUGGACAUAUUUGGAAUUAUGAUGAUAAUGGCCCAUGUGGACCAUGUAACUGGCCAGGAGAUAUUCAUGGGAAAUGUCAAUCUCCAAUUGAUAUUGAUAUCUCAAAAAUAGUUAGAAUAGCUGCUGAUGAUCAAUUUUAUUUUAAAAAUUAUGACAAACCACUUGAGGGACAAUUUAUAAAUAAUGGACACUCAAUUCAAUUUAUACCAAAAGAAAGUAAAGAUUCUCCUACAAUAUCGGGUGGGAAAUUAGAACAAGAAUAUCGUUUCAUUCAAUAUCAUUUUCAUUGGGGACAAAAUAAUGAUGAAGGAUCUGAACAUACUUUAAAUUCACUUCAAUAUCCAGUUGAACUUCAUUUAGUUCACCAAGGUAUUAAUGAUCCCUCAAAACUUGCUGUUCUUGGUGUCUUUAUCCGUCUAUCAAACGAUGGAAAAGCAUUUAUAACAGAAGAAAAAGAAUUAGAUAAAUUAAUUGAACCAAAUUCAAAAGCACCAGCAGAUGGUCAAAAACUUGAAGAUAAACUUCCAAAAAAUCUUCGUUCAUUUAUAAGAUAUUCUGGUUCUUUGACAACUCCACCAUGUACAGAAAAUGUUACAUGGACAAUUUUUACAGAACCUAUUUCAAUAACAAAAGAACAGGUUGAAAAAUUACGUAAAAUAAAAGAUUCUGAGGGAAAAGUUAUUAUAAAAAAUUUUAGACCUACCCAAGAAUGGUACGGUAGAACAGUUUACCAUAUAAGAUAA